AUGCCGCGACUAGACGGGAAGGUUGUCCGUCAGGCAAAGAAAAUAUCCGCUUUGUUGCCGCCACUACUACCUGCCAACCGAAGCAUAGAAAGGGCACUUUUGGAACUCAAAUGGAUCAAGGAUGAGCUACCCAAAGACCAAUGGCACUCCGCAGUGAACAGACGUUUGAAGCUAGAGCCAUUACAGUACAUAUUAGGAAAUCAACCGUUCGGAGACCUCAACAUCAUUUGCGAACAAGGGGUAUUAAUUCCUAGAUGGGAAACGGAAGAAUGGUGCACCAGGUUGGCCGAUCUUAUACUGGAGAAUGCAUGCAAAAGGCUUGUGAUUGUGGACGCAUGUACAGGGUCUGGUUGCAUUCCACUAUACUUGAGAGACAAUCUUGCAUCUGCUGAUACAAUUUACAACAUUUGUGGGUUUGACAUAUCAAAGGAAGCAAUACAUUUGGCACAUCGAAACUUAUUGUCCAACAGGCACCGCAAGUUCGAGGAGUCAAAUAGAGUUCUGUUUCAAAUAGCGGACAUUUCAGAUGCAAAUAUAGUUUGCAAACUACCUGUACAUAAAAUCGAUUUGGUAACUGCGAAUCCCCCAUACAUACCAUUGCUGGACUAUAAAAAGCCUGUUAUUCGUGGUGGUGUGGAAAAAUCGGUUAGACAGUAUGAGCCUCAACUAGCUUUAAUUGGAGAUGUCGACCCUUAUAAGCAAUUGCUAUGCAACUUGGUAAAACCUUCACAAGCUCGUGGUUUCAUAUUUGAAGUGGGAUACUACAAGCAAGUUGAUUUCGUGCGUAAGUUGUUGGACCGAAGCUGGGCUGUAGGAUAUAUGAACGAUUCCGCUGGCAGAGUUCGCUGCGUUGUAGGCUGGAAGUUAGAUACAGACCUUGAUAUAUUAGAACGUCUAUGUGAUGCUAUAAUUUAA